CGCUCCCACCUCUAGCCCAGACCUAGCGUAGCUGCUGUUUCCCAGCGGACGAUUCGUGAGGCGGCCCCCAGCGCGGCGUCCCUUUGUUCUCCCUUCCGCGGGGACUGGCCAGCCUCCCGCAGGGUCUAGAGCGUGGUCCAUUUCUCGUUUACCUGCCCGACGUUCCGUACAAGUGUACCUGCGGUGGGGCCCAAUACUUUUGCUGUCGAAAGUGCCGGCCCCCGCGCCGGCGUCCGCUGCAGCCGGGUGGGAAGGCUCAAGAUGGCGUGCCUGUUGGAGACCCCAAUCCGCAUGAGCGUCCUCUCGGAAGUAACAGCUAGCAGUCGCCACUAUGUUGACAGGCUAUUUGACCCUGAUCCCCAGAAAGUUCUACAAGGUGUCAUAGACAUGAAAAAUGCUGUAAUUGGAAACAACAAGCAGAAAGCCAACCUCAUUGUUUUAGGAGCUGUUCCAAGAUUGUUGUACUUGCUUCAGCAAGAAACCUCAAGUACAGAGCUGAAAACAGAAUGUGCAGUGGUAUUGGGAAGUCUUGCUAUGGGUACUGAAAACAAUGUCAAGUCUCUGCUAGAUUGCCAUAUCAUCCCUGCCUUACUGCAAGGACUGUUAUCUCUAGACCUGAAGUUCAUUGAAGCUUGCCUUCGAUGUCUGCGUACCAUCUUUACCAGUCCUGUCACUCCAGAGGAGUUAUUGUAUACAGACGCUACGGUGAUACCACACCUCAUGGCGCUGCUUAGCAAGUCCCGCUACACCCAGGAGUACAUCUGUCAGAUCUUCUCACACUGCUGUAAAGGUCCAGAUCAUCAAACAAUUUUAUUUAACCAUGGUGCAGUUCAGAAUAUUGCUCACCUACUAACCUCAGUAUCUUACAAAGUUCGAAUGCAAGCACUGAAAUGCUUUUCAGUUUUAGCUUUUGAAAACCCCCAGGUAUCGAUGACCCUGGUAAAUGUUUUGGUUGAUGGAGAAUUAUUACCACAAAUUUUUGUGAAGAUGUUACAGAGGGAUAAGCCUAUUGAGAUGCAACUCACAUCAGCAAAAUGUUUGACUUACAUGUGUAGAGCUGGAGCAAUUCGGACAGAUGACAACUGUAUUGUAUUAAAGACGUUGCCAUGUUUGGUUCGAAUGUGCAGUAAGGAGAGAUUACUAGAGGAGAGAGUUGAAGGAGCUGAGACACUCGCCUAUCUGAUUGAACCAGAUGUUGAACUACAAAGAAUUGCUAGCAUUACUGAUCACCUUAUUGCCAUGCUUGCUGAUUACUUCAAGUAUCCCAGCUCUGUGAGUGCCAUCACUGACAUUAAAAGGCUUGAUCAUGACUUAAAACAUGCUCACGAACUCCGCCAGGCUGCAUUCAAGCUCUAUGCCUCUCUUGGAGCAAAUGAUGAAGACAUCCGGAAGAAGAUCAUUGAGACUGAAAAUAUGAUGGACCGAAUUGUGACUGGCUUGUCUGAGUCUAGUGUCAAGGUGCGGUUAGCUGCUGUCAGAUGUCUGCACAGUUUAUCUAGAUCUGUGCAGCAGCUUCGAACCAGUUUCCAGGAUCACGCGGUGUGGAAACCUUUAAUGAAGGUUUUGCAAAAUGCACCCGACGAAAUCUUAGUAGUAGCAUCUUCCAUGCUAUGUAAUCUUCUUCUUGAAUUUUCUCCAAGCAAAGAGCCAAUAUUAGAAUCAGGAGCUGUAGAGCUACUUUGUGGAUUAACACAAAGUGAAAACCCUGCUUUACGAGUGAAUGGAAUUUGGGCUCUUAUGAAUAUGGCAUUUCAGGCUGAACAAAAAAUAAAAGCAGAUAUUUUACGAAGCUUGAGUACCGAGCAGCUAUUCCGGUUAUUAUCGGAUUCAGAUUUGAAUGUGCUGAUGAAAACAUUGGGGCUUCUUAGAAAUCUCCUCUCUACUCGGCCUCAUAUAGAUAAAAUCAUGAGCACCCACGGAAAGCAGAUUAUGCAAGCCGUCACUCUUAUUCUGGAAGGGGAGCAUAACAUUGAAGUCAAAGAACAGACACUGUGCAUCCUAGCCAACAUCGCAGAUGGCACAACGGCAAAAGAACUCAUUAUGACCAAUGAUGACAUCCUGCAGAAAAUCAAGUAUUACAUGGGUCAUUCACAUAUCAAGCUGCAGCUUGCGGCGAUGUUUUGUAUAUCAAACCUCAUAUGGAAUGAAGAGGAAGGUUCACAAGAACGCCAGGAUAAAUUACGAGACAUGGGCAUUGUAGAUAUUCUACACAAACUGAGUCAGUCACCAGAUUCAAACCUUUGUGACAAGGCCAAGACGGCGCUGCAGCAGUACCUGGCGUGACGGGAGCAGCUGGGGCACCCGCGAGCAUCCCACAUCCUCGGUAAAGGAAGUACAGAAACUAGCCUCAUUUGAUUCCUUCUGUUUGCACACGUCACCUUGGACUGCAGGGAGCUGUUUUGCAAAAGCAAUUUGGUAGGCUUAGAUCUCAAUUUCAUCUUGAGAACAUAUUUUCGAGGUAGUAAUUUCCUCAGAGGACUAUUGUGUUUUGUUUUGGGGGUUUUUUCUGAGCUACCUGGACUCUUUAUUAGAACAAUCAAUCAUUUUCCUUUGGACCUACAAUUUUUUGCCUAUGCUGCAGCCACUUUGUGAGUGAGAAUGAGUGUGUCUGUGCAUACACAAAUGUAUGUGUAUGUGUGUGUGCGCACAUGAGUCACGGUGAAUGGGUGUGUGUGGGGGGGGAUACCUCAAAAUUUUCUUUUCUUAUUUUGUGUGAAAAUCUCUUUUCUACAGAUUUUCCAGGGUUUAAGCAUUGCUUGCUGUAUAAAAUAACUUUACUGAAUUAUAUACAGUUUGAAUGAAAUGUUAUUUUAAAAACAAAACAAUUGUUAAGUGUUCCAUAAAGGUUAUGUUGAAUUUUGAUCAGAUGAAUAUUUGUAAGUAAAAAAAUAUAUAUAUGCAUUUCUGAACCUCAACUUACAUAGAUUUUCUUUAUAAAAGAACAAAGAAAAAAAAAAAAAAGAAAGAAAAGAUUGGCUAUAGUUGGCCUGAAUAACAGGCACGAUAUAUGGUGCUGUGCAAAAUAGUGAGCUAGCAUCUUACUGCCGUCAAUAUCAGCCUAAUUCAAUAAGCUCUCAGACUUCCAGGUCAGAUGGACAGGGUGAAGGAGAGUGAGGGGACAGAGUCACCAUAGGUUUUUGAAACAUCCAAGGGAAACAUAACUACUGAUAGUGGAAGCCCAGCCAUAACUCUGGGCUGCCCUUGGCAGGAACUGGGCACGGAGUGCCUCCCAGCUGCCCUCAGCCCUGCCGUUGGUGCAGCAGUGUCUGGCAGGAUUUGAACCAGCUCAGGCUAAAGUAGCUCAUCGCUUCCUGGAAACAAAGUCUGGUCACCUUGUGCUGCCUGAAGCAGCACGCAUCGCUGUGAAACUCCGGAAUGCUCUUCAGACCCAUCUGAGGGAAAAAGCAAAGAGCAGGAUAGCAUGGGAAGCUGUUCUUCUCUUCGCGACACUGCUAUUGAGUGUCCUUUUGUAAAAUGAAAUAGGAAUUUUAGUGAGAGAUGCAGCCAAGACCUUUUCCUGCAAGAAGCCCAAAACACUGAAGCUAGAAGGAAAGGGACUCUCCCUGGGAGGACCGAAGAGGAGUCCUUUCCGCAAGCGAGUGUGCUUGGUCCUUCUGCUCCGCCUGCCGGGCCAGCUUCCAAGUGUACUCGACUGAGAUUGCUCUUGACUGAAGGUAGAACCAGCCUUCCUUUCCCUUUGUUAAAAGACGGUCAAAGGCACUGUGGCCAGGAAGGGAGUCUGCGGCCAGAAGCUUGCCGUGGGCGCAGGCCACCCCGGGUCCGAGCCCACCAGCCACUCCUGAUGUGGUCGCACACAUCGCGGGCACCCACCGCCACCCUGUACCUUCCUUGGAAGAUUCAGAUGUGUUUGAUUGCAGAUGAAUGUUUUUAAAUGUAUUUAACGCCAUUUUUCCUGUUCUCAACCUGACCACGCGAGAUUCAAACACAGAGAUUUCCAAGUUGUUCCGUUCUCAGAACACCAUUGAUUUAAACAUCUGUCCCAACAGGCGCUUAGGUUUUGUGCAGCUGUCAGAGUGCUCAUGUGAGGUCAUCCUUGCUUGGCACUUGUAACCCAAAACAGUGUAGAGCUGGUAUUUAAAGGUACCAGGUAAAUAUACAGAAACCAAUAACGAAUUGCUGAGACAAUCUUGAACCCAGAUAGCAUUAGGAAGCUAACAGCCCAAUGAAAUAACACUUUCACACUUAAACUCUGUGGGUAAAUCUUGCCUGUGGCUAUAAACCGAUGAUCAAAGAAAAAAGUGCUUUACUAUGAUUAACUUUUCUGGUUUCGAUGAAGGAAAUGUAUUUAUUAAAACAAAGCUGUUCGCUGCUCUACACAGGUGCAGUGUUCUGUCAGCAAGAGGUGGGAGGAAUGGGAUGUGAUCUUGUGUCUUCUCCCAAGUUCUUAACUAAGCUUCUCGCUCUCUCUAAUACUGCAUUCUGUUUCUCCUUUUGUGCCCUGAUUGUAACCCAAAACCUAUGAACUAGAAAAGAAUGUCCAAUUUAAUGAGUUGCAUUUUUUCCCCUUGAGCACUUUAUGUGGAACAAUACGUGUUCUCCUGGUAGUGUUUGAAUGAUAUGAUUUUAACACAUGCUAAUAAAAGCCAAGAAAGAUCAUG